AUGUUGCUCCCACGGAUAUUUGCGCCCGUCCGCGCAUCUAUAGCGACAUCUUCGACCUUCAUCGCCCCCUCGACCCGCGUUCUCGACGCCCUCCGCUCCGCCAAUGGCUCCGCAACACCGACCGUCCCCACCCUCUCCUUCGUAAGACAUUCAGCGCAUCAGGCCCAAGGACGAGCCAACGGAGCAAAAGAUGGACCGGGUAAACGGUUAGGAGCAAAGAAGAGUGGAGGAGAAUUCGUGAUACCAGGAAACAUCAUCUUCCGCCAGCGCGGCACGGCGUGGUUCCCUGGUGAGAACUGCAAGUUUGGCCGCGACCACUGCGUCUUCGCCACCGAGUCUGGAUACGUCCGCUACUACCGUGAUCCCCGGAAACACCCCAAGCGUCAAUACAUUGGCGUGGCACUCGAGAAGGAGCACACCCUUCCUUACCCACCAAAUGCUGUGCGACGGCGCCGCCUCAACAUGCUCGCCGUCCCCGUCACUGCCCCUACAUCAUCCUCCACUCCCGCCGCCGAUGUCAUAGUCGCAGACCUUCCCGUUGACACGGCUGCUCGCGCCGACACACCGCGUGAAUCAACCCGCAAAUCUCUCACUCUAACAAGGGGUAAGGGCUACGCAUACCGCGAGGCUAAUUGGCAGAUUGGGCGUGCGGCAGAGCGAGCCAAUGUGCAGGUCAAGGAGUUUGUACCGGGCGACCGAUGGACGGCGUGGCGGAAGAGCAAUGCUAGGAUCGAGGCGAACGUGGAGAGGAAGAAGUUGAGGAAUGCCGGCAAGAAGACUGCUAAGCCCAAGGCAAGGAAACAGAGGAACUAG